CCGCAACCUGUAAGUAACCUGGAACCUGUAACCUGCUCAGACCCCAACCCCAACCCCCCAGCCUCACGACUCCUCCUCCACCUCCAUCUUCCAUCUUGGAAUAGCUCUAUCUACUUGAAGUUAACCUCAACGUAUCCCAUCAAUCCCCCCGCAGGUUUCAGGCAAUGUCUCCUUGUCCUCACUCACUUCCUCAAAUACCCUGAUUGAUCUAUGUAUGAUCUCUGACCUCUGACCUUUGAUCUUUGACCUCGCCUCACCUCACAGCUCCCCUCCCCUACAUCUUCAUCUGAUAUCUACAUUGACACUGACCAUGCCCUCACUACCCCACGAACCUAUCCGUCGACCAACCUAUCCCCUCGCCCACUCAUUCCGCCGCAAGCCCCGACGAGUCCCCCUCGUCCUCCGCCUCGCCCAUGGCUCAAUCCACAGCAUCGUCAUCCUCCCCGUGCUUCUGCACUCCCUCUUCACGGUCCUCGUCGUCUACCUGGACCGCAAUGUCGACGGCAGCCUGGGCCUCCCCUCGACCAUCAUCCCCUCCCUCUCCAUAGUCGUGGGCCUGAUGCUCGUCUUCCGGAACAGCACCAGCUACGACCGCUUUUGGACGGGACGGAACUGCCUCACCACCAUCUCUACGAGCGUGCGGAACCUAUCGAGAAUCAUACUCAUCAACGCGAGCAAAGGCCUAGGACUCAGCAAAGCCGAGCAAGCAGAAACCGAGAAGAUCAUCCGCGUGCUCCUCGCAAUCCUCUACGCCAUCAAGCACAACCUUCGCGCCGAAUUCAACAUCCCACCCGCCUCCAUCGCCAACGACCAACCCCCCUCCCCAGAUUCCCCCUCCUCCCCAACCCUCCAAACCCCCCGACGCCCCAUAACCACCCUCUCCCGCCGCAACUCCCUUGCCGAAGAACACGGCAUCUACACCGCCUCAACAGACUACACCUCGCUCCUCCCGCCCAACCUCCUCGGCUACGAAGACCGCGGGCUCUCCCUGCCCCUCCAACUAACCCUCCUCGUCGAACGCUACAUCCACCUCUCCCACAACGCCAAAUCCUGGGUGCACGCGCCCUUAGCAUCGCAAAUGACCGUGCAGCUCAACUCCCUCGUCGACGCGUACGGCCGCAUGGAAACGAUCCGCUCGACCCCGCUCCCCAUCGCGCACCUCAUCCACCAGAAACAGGUGCUCGCGCUGUUCACGUGCUUCCUGCCGUUUACGAUCGUGGAUGACUAUGGGUGGUAUGCGGUGCCGAUUGUGGCGAUCAUUGCGUUUACGCUGUAUGGGAUCGAUGGGAUUGGCGGCGAGCUGGAGGAUCCGUUUGGGUAUGAUAGGAAUGAUAUUAAGAUGGAUGGGAUUGUCGAGGAUGCGAGGAGGGAGGUUAUGGUGUUGCUUGAGGAGUGGAGGGAUUGUGCCGAGGGGAGGGGGAAUGGGGCGGUGGGGGGGAUGUUUGAGUGA